AUGAGUUUGAAGUGUGUAUUAUUAAUGAGAACCUGUUGUAUUCUGGCCGUACUGAGUGUGUUGUUGGGUGGUGCAGAUAGCAAACCAAACCAACCCGAUAGUGACCAACAGAAGCUCAAAAUAAUAGCCGCCUUAACAGAACUUGGGGUAAUUAAUGAAACAACGGAUUACACUUUGGCAGAAUCUGACGAGCCAAGUCUUGAUGCGGAAGCCACCCGAUGGGACCUUAAGCUCAACUCAAAGAAAGCACCAACAAAUAAUGUUUGUCUUAUUGGCUUGGGUAUAUGCCCAAUACUAGGCACUCCAUCCGAUGCAUUGCAAAGUUUCAUAGCAGAUUCGAAUUCGGAAAAGCUGGUCGUAGACAGUAGAACAAAGGAUCUAUUUGCGACUGGGAAGGCAAUGUCCAAAACAUCCAAGCCGAUAAAAGCAUUCGUAUACUUACUCAACGCCAAGCGUUCCUUUGCCAUCAAAAUAAUGUUUAGGGACCUUACACUCCCAAAGACCUGCCCAGUUUUACAGCACAAUACUCACUUCGUGUCUGCCGAUAUUUCCAAUACCAUAAUAUCGCUUUCUUGGUCAAUUAACAUACUAGACGAUGCCAAGUAUUGGAGGAAAGUACUUAGAAAGAUUGAGACGAUCUUUAUUGACAAACAGAAUAGCAUAACCAAAUCCAUACCAGAAGUAAAACAAAUGCAGACCAAGCAAAGAGCAGAUAUAAUAGCACUCAAGAACAGAACAAUCGCUAUUUUAAAAGACUUCGGGUUAAUUAGCGAGUCAGUACCAUAUAAUUUGAUUCAAUUGCCUAGUCCAAGUGAGAUACACAACGAUGUUAUUUGGAAACUUAGCUUCGACACAAAGAACUCUGAUCAACUUGUAGACAGUUUUUAUAUCCACCUAUCUUCUUAUUGUGCUGUUCGUGAGCUCAUCUAUCCAGAGAAACACUCUAUAGAGUUAUCGACAGUUCUACAACCGACGACAAGUUGGACAAUUAGAGGACUAACAACAACUGACAAGAAUUCCAGCCAAAUACGCUUAUUGGCUUCUCUGUUACAAGCUAAGCUCCUUCAUGGGGUUGUAAUCCAAACCAGCAUGGACCUCCUGAAAACCACCACAGCUUCAAAUCCCAGUACUUUGUCCGCGGCCAAGAAUAUGCCAGAUAAGCCGAUGGUUUAUGAGCUUAGCUGGGCUUUUACCAUAACAUACAACCUCAAAGAGUGGGGAUCAAUAAUUAAAAAGGCCAAACAAGAGCACAAACUGGCAAUACAGGUCAAAAAGUAA